AGACGCUUGAGCCAUCCCAACAAUGUGUCCUUCCCACCCCGAACUCCAGGCUCGGCCCAGUGCCCUGGCCUGCAUAACUUCAAGGGCCUGCACACCCAUAUCCCAAGUAGCUCUGAGUUUAGCACCUCUAGCAGCCACUCAGAGCAGUCCUUCAACCCUCUCUCCCCUGGCCUUUCCCUGGGGAGAAUCUGCAUGGGCCGGCCCUACAACUCCAGGUGUGUAGAGACAAGUCACCUGAUGAGAGACCCCAAGGUGGCCAGGAAGCCCACCUAUCAUCGUAGUAACCCCCACUGCCUGCUCUGUACCGACCAUCCCUCAUGUCCCUCCAGCCCCACCUUCCUGGACCAGCUCAUUAAAGGCAUCAACUACCUGGACAGAUCCACAAAUGCUUUCUGCAACAACUACCCCAAGUCACUGAGCCUGCCCCACCUGGCAGCCACCUACCUAGAACGAGCAGCCAACUCUCUCUACCUGGACCAGCUGGACAAUGCCCCACCCCACAGCUACUCCACUCUCAGUGCUAGUGUAGCCAGCCCUGACCACUCUCCCAACACCACCAGCUUGGUGCCUUCCACCCAGGAUAUCAACACUCUGCAGUACCUGGGCAGCUCCAAUGGCAUGAGCUGCCAGCACCAGCCCUACAACCAGAACUUCUCCUCCAAGAUGCCACAGAGGUCAGGGAUAAAGUUGCCAGAACUCCCCCUGUUUGGCAAUGGGCUCUUUUCCUUAGGUCAUCUGCCCAAAUUCUGGGAAGCAAUGCGUUUGGGCUGGAGUGCUCCAGUGGAACCCGUCUCCAAACCCUCGGACUGGUGGUGA